CGAUGUUCCGAAGGCUCGACGAACUUUGCGCCAUCUGCUGAGAGCCUCGUGGCGAUGGAUUUCGCCGGUCUGCCGCUGGCUGCCUCGGCUCACUCACUCGUGAGGAAAUUGAAAUCGAUUGAUUGAAAAAUGAGCGUGAGCGUGAGAAAUUUGAGCGUGGUUUAUGGCCACACCGAGGCGCCAUUUGUCUUUCAGAGACAGGCUGAGGAAUGUGUUGUUCUAUCGGGCAACGAACGAAGCGGUGAAAUCUUGGGACAGUUUUGAGUCCAAGCUCUUUCCUUUCGGCUGGCAGAGGAGCGUGAAGACUCUCGAUCACUUCAAACGGGUUUAUUGGCUUCCGGAAACUAAUCUGCAGUUGGUUCUGCCCGGUGAGUUCAAGGAACUGACGUCCAUACAUAUGCUGGAGAUUUGCGUUUCCAGCCACACAGCGUUCGAGGUUCGCGAAGUCCUCGAGAGGCCCUUCUGAUCAACACUGAUGCGUGCUCAAGCUCGUUGGUGAACCAAUUAAGUUCUUGCCGAUUCGUUUCGCAGACGCUUCACAAACUUUUCAUAGUUUAGUGUUCAGGCACUUCGCUUCGAUGCUCACAAGGCAAUUAUUGGCCUUUUCACCUCCGUUGUAAAGGAUCAGAUAUCCCAAUAUAUGCUUUCUAUCCAUGUCUCCCAAGGUGUCCAACCGAACACGUUGCAGAUUGACAUACUCUUCUUCACUUUGGUUUUAGUAAAGAUUGCAAGCUGUGACAAUAAUUCCU